AUUCCAGUAGGAAAAUAAAAAACACAAUGAAUGCGUGAGACGCACAGGGGAGAGUUAUAUCUCACUAAGUUGAAACGCUGGCAAACAAAAGUGAAAGAAAGAACAAAAUGCAGUGUUUGCGUCAAAAGUAAAUGGCAGUUAGGGGGAAACACGAAGUGCUGUUUGCGGCACUUGAGUCAUGGAAGAACCUCCACGAAUUGAACCAGGUUCUGUCCCAACUCAUCGUUUCUGGCCUCUCCCAGCACCCUCUCUUCGCCACCUCAGCCAUCAAAAAACUCUGCUCCCAUUCCGUCACUUUCCCACGCGCCACUUUCCUUUUCGAUCAUCUCCACCACCCCGACGCUUUUCACUGCAACACCAUCAUCCGCGCCUACGCUCGCAAACCCGACUUCCCCGCUGCUCUCCGCUUCUACUACUGCAAAAUGCUCGCCCGUUCCGUCCCCCCAAACCACUACACGUUCCCCCUAUUGAUCAAAGUAUGUACCGACAUUGGGUCUUUCCGAGAAGGGCUAAAGGGUCAUGCCCGGAUUGUCAAAUUCGGGUUCGGGUCAGAUUUGUUUGCCCGGAACUCGCUGAUUAGAAUGUACUCUGUUUUCGGCAGAAUUGGAAAUGCCCGGAUGGUGUUUGAUGAAAGUUGUUGGUUGGAUUUGGUUAGUUAUAACUCCAUGAUUGAUGGGUAUGUCAAGAAUGGGGAAAUUGGUGCUGCCCGCAAAGUGUUCAAUGAAAUGCCUGAUAGGGAUGUUUUAAGUUGGAACUGCUUGAUUGCGGGGUAUGUUGGGGUUGGGGAUUUGGAUGCUGCGAAUGAGUUGUUUGAGACAAUACCUGAGCGGGAUGCUGUGUCUUGGAAUUGCAUGAUUGAUGGGUGUGCGAGGGUUGGGAAUGUUUCUCUGGCUGUUAAGUUUUUUGAUCGGAUGCCCGCGGCUGUGAGGAAUGUGGUUUCAUGGAAUUCUGUGUUGGCGCUGCAUGCGCGGGUGAAGAAUUAUGGUGAGUGUUUGAUGCUGUUUGGUAAAAUGGUGGAAGGAAGAGAGGCAGUGCCGAAUGAGGCUACCUUAGUGAGUGUGCUCACCGCGUGUGCAAAUUUAGGGAAGCUCAGUAUGGGCAUGUGGGUUCAUUCUUUUAUCAGAAGUAACAACAUUAAGCCUGAUGUCUUGCUUUUGACUUGUCUGCUCACGAUGUAUGCAAAAUGUGGGGCUAUGGAUUUGGCCAAGGGUGUUUUUGAUGAGAUGCCGGUGAGAAGUGUUGUGUCGUGGAACUCUAUGAUCAUGGGGUAUGGAUUACAUGGGAUUGGGGACAAAGCGCUUGAACUGUUCUUGGAGAUGGAGAAGGCAGGCCAGCAACCAAAUGAUGCCACUUUUAUCAGUGUGUUAUCUGCAUGUACGCAUGCCGGAAUGGUCAUGGAGGGUUGGUGGUACUUUGAUCUUAUGCAAAGAGUUUACAAAAUUGAGCCCAAGGUUGAACACUAUGGUUGCAUGGUUGAUCUCCUGGCUCGAGCUGGUUUGGUGGAAAACUCAGAAGAGCUUAUAAGGAUGGUCCCUGUAAAGGCUGGAUCUGCAAUAUGGGGAGCAUUACUUUCUGGUUGUAGUAACCACUUGGACUCGGAGCUUGGAGAGAUUGUAGCCAAGAGAUUUAUUGAGUUGGAGCCACAAGAUAUUGGCCCUUAUAUUUUGCUGUCAAAUAUGUAUGCUGCUAAAGGUAGAUGGGAUGAUGUUGAACAUGUGAGAUUGAUGAUAAAAGAAAAGGGGUUGCAGAAAGAAGCAGCAUCCAGCUUGGUUCAUCUUGAAGAUUUUGAAUCUAAAUAUGUUAAGAAUAAUUCAGGCUAUAGGAAAAAGAUAAUGUACUCGAUGUUGAGUGAAUUAGGAACACAGAUGAAAUUAUCUGUUGGACACUCAAUUAAGGAAGACAAUUUCAUACCAAGAUAAAGAUAAGAGUCUCUAUUUCGGAGGCUGUUGGGAGAGAAGCAAAUUGCAAGUUAAGGAACAAGAUGUUGAGGUCAUGAUUGAUAUCAGGCAAAAAGAUGUCAUAACUCAUAAAAGAGGCUGCCACUAAAAACUAUGUGUUGCAGGAUGGGGAUGCUAUGAUCAUGUAAGGAUCUGGUAGAUGCUGCAGGUCCAGCUUGGUUUCACCAAAGAUUUUGGGUCCCUGAAUUUUCUGGCAAGAGAUCAUUUAUUUGAUGAAGAAUAACUUGCUCAGUGUCUUGCAUAAUUAAGCCACUCAGAUAAUCAAUCCAUAAAAUCCACAGUAGAGAAGAGAUAUUUAUACAAUGGAUUGAAGAUUGAAUGCGUAUACAAGGUUUCAUCAACUUUGUUUUUCAAGUGAAAAUUCUUGCCGGUGCAUAUAUUCGAAAUGGAGUUUAAAGGAAAAAGAGUGGCUGGUAGUAAAGAUCAAGAAAUGCAGUUAUGCCAUCUGAUUCUAGACCCUCUUCACCUUCCUUGAUAAAAGGAUAUCAAAGAAGCAGACAGCCAUAUAUCUGUAUCCUUUUUAGAGUAAAAAUGAUAGGAUGAGAGAAUUUUAUCUCAGUCCAAAACAAGAAUAACACCUAUAUACAAAGAACACUUACAAAAUAUUUACACUUAUCUUGUCUCAAGGAGGCAAGUGCGGAUUCAAGACUGCCUUCUUUCACUUGACUAAUUCCUCAAGAUUCAUAUCUAUAUCUUCAUCUUGGCACUCAAAUGUUUGUAAUUUUGAAUUUUUCUUUAUCAUAUUCAUAGCUGUAUAAUAGCUUAUUUGAUGUGCACAUGUAAAAUAUCAUGACAAUGAAAUUUUUUUGAAACCUUCCAAUCUCUGCCCACACAAGCGUGGGUGCAGGUGCCUGUGUUGUUGUGUGAAGAGCUAGCAAAUAAAAAUUGGAGGAAUUGUUUUCUUUGAGUUUA